AUGUUCCUCAUCCCAAGAACCCGAACUCUCUCCAUUCUCCACCUCCCUACCCGCUCCCUAAUCCUCCGAACGCCCCAAACCCGGUCCGUCACCUCCAGGUCUACGAAAGACGAAAUAAGCCGCCUUAAGAAUCCCUCUCGUGGCGGGCGUAACCUCUCCGAGCGGUACCGCGCCCUUGAGCGGGCUCUGCGCGGUAAAGAGGCGUUCGCAAGGGGGAAGGAGGAAUUAGUGCACCACGUACCCAUCAUCUCAAUUUCGGUGCAAGAUGAAAAUUUGAGGAUGGAGAAUAUAGAGACUUUUCAUGGGUUUAUGGUACCGCAAGAGCCCAAACCACCCGCGGACGAUGAAUGUUGCAUGUCCGGCUGCGCCGUAUGUGUAUACGACCUAUAUGAAGAAUCGCUAGCAUCAUACGAAGACUCCAUCACCGCACUACGCAAGUCCCUCGGAGCCCUGGGUAUACUUCAAGAUACGUGGCCCCUUAACAUCCGGCCAAACGUUGAGAAAACCACUCCGGAGAGCAGGAAGGGGGUUAUUUUGAACGCGUUUGAGGAGAUGGAGAGGAAGUUGAAGGAGAAGAAGGAGAAGGAGGAUGGGAAGAAUGUGAAUUUUCUUUGUGCUUUCAAAGGUGCCUCCGUCCGUCCGCCUCCCUCCCGCUGA